CGCGUGCACCCGCGAUCCCAUCUCGAAGCACUACGACAUUUUUCUAUACGUAAUAUAAUUUGACGAUAAUUUCACGUCCUGUUUACUCUUCGCACGACUCGCCGCUUCAAUCACACUCUAACAAUAAGGGAGGAACUGACGUUGGUAUCAACAGUAUGACAAUACGUAAACGUACAAGUAUAGACGUCGCGUAAUCACGUGAUAAAAAUGUCGCUUGUGAAUCUCGCGUAAUAAACAAACAACCUUUGGUAAUAAUGUAAUGCGUAGGUGGAUAAUGUGACGUGAUAAAGGUAACGAUACGAUUUGAAACCACCCCCCUCAGCAAAAUUCUGUGAUAAUACCGUUAGUUAUUAUCAGACUACAAUUUAACUAUCCAGUAUAACCUCCAGUGAUUAUAGAUUUACAUUGUUGUACGCAAGGCUUUUAUCAGCCGGGUUUAAUUAACUGUGAAUGAAAAUUUAUGCACCGUUCAUUCCGGCCUGUAAUUAUUGCUAUAAACUGGUGCACGGAUACCGAUUCUCUAAUGUAGACUCUGACUAUUGUGCGGAUCGUUGUAGAAGUUUAUAUUAACAGUGCCGUGAUACCGUAGCAACAGUUUUCUUUAAUAUGGGCGUGUGUCAAACGGUCUGAUAAAUGGAAGGUACCAGGGCGCGGAAGAAAAUACUUUUUGAACGCGAGGUUUGAGGUGGUGAAUCAAAAAUAAUUGAAGAAACAAAUAGGUAUACAAUCCGAACGGAAAAAAAAAAGAAAAAUGAAAUCAAAAAAUGUCCAGCAUGGGGUGACGGUUUGAUCGACAAAGCUCUGGAUAUAAUUAACAACCAUUUAGUUGAUGCAGAAUGGCGGAUUGAUUCGGGUGUCGUUCUGAGCCCUCCGUAAAAUGAAUCUCAACGGUUAUUGGACGGUGAUUAUUUUAUUUUCACUGAUUUGUGAGAUUUUACCGAGAUCAGCUUGCGGAAUUGAGGUACAGAUUGAAAGGCCGAAAGAAUUGGUGCGCCAUCAACAAAAGCACAGGCCGCCUUUCAUCGAGAGAAAACUCGUGCAGGAUACGCGAUUCGAAAAGCUUCCAUUGACCAAUACGGGACAGAUUACGCUGGGUGAAUUUGAAAAACAGAUAAGCGGGGAUUUCGUCGAGGAUUACGAAGAGGCCGUUGAUACUACGAGUUUGGAAAGAUCGCCGGCCGCUGCGCAAAUAAGACACGGAAGGUCGCGCGGUCAUUUCGUCAGACAGAUAAUAAUCGACGAUCUCGACGACGGUUUCGUUCCUGCGAAAGGUAAACGGAAAAGCGGCUCGACGACGACGAUCAGAAACGCGACUUUUCUAGGCGAGGAGGCCUCCCUACCUUUCCUCGAGACGAACGACACCGAGGGGACGAAUAUCACCAACGAAUUCCCGGACGACAGGAUAAACUUGACCAGGAACAUCCUUCAGGAAGAGGCCGUUCAAAAGCUCGGAAAAAUUCUCAACGAAAUUCACCCGCGAAUGCAGGACGUUCCGUCGACCCGGGAAAAGGAACAAUUACGCAGGAAUCAAAGGAUUCAGACGAAGCUCGGUCCUGCGGGUGAACUCACCGUCGGUCCCGGUUCCCCGGGAACCGUUGGCUCGCUGGAAAAGCUGCGGAAAGCUUUUCCGCAGGAAAAGAAGCAGGCCCGUAUGGACGGGGAGAGGGAGAACGCUACCGAGGAAUUUGGCACCAUGGUGCACACGUCGUCGAAGGAGGACAAACGGGUGAACGAAAAUUACGUGAGGUUGAAACUGGAGGAUUACGAGGCCUACGACGAGGUGCAGCAGAACGAGUCCCGGAACUCGUCCAAGUGGUCGGAAAAGAGCAUGGCCGAGUACGAAGAGGUGGUAACGAGACGCACCGAGAAGCAGAGCGUCCAGGUCGACAUCGUCACGCGUUUCUUGAGGAUCAUCGAGAACCAGCAUCUGCUGGGUGAGAAUUGCACCGCCGGUACCGACCUGAACCUCGGCGAAGGUGUCGUGGAUCGUUACGCUCAGGAGAGGUUUCGCCUCGAGGCCAAUCUCGCCGUUAACAGGGCCAAUAUGCUCACGAGACUGUGGAAGUACGCCCCGGAAGUUAUGCUGUCGUCGGAGUACCUCCUUCACGCUAGUAUAUUAUCGAUGGUUGAAUUCGACGAGGAUAUUUUCGCCGCUGGAAACUGUUACGACAAACUUCAAUACCGCGAUCACUGGCUCUACUGUCCGUUUGCUCAUCGUCUCGAGGACGAGGACGCUGUGUUGGUCAAGGAUCUCGCCGUUGAGUACAAGUAUCUGAGCAACAGCAGCGAGUGGUUUUGGAUCGCUAGGAAAAAUGCCGAGAGAGUGAUCGCCAGUAAUAAUCAAUUCAGCCACGGCUUCCAUACGUACACCCACAACGAGAGCGCUCACACGGUUCGCGUCGAGGAUGAAAUUCUGACCGUCAAGUACGAGGAUGGCCGGUGGUCAAAGCCCUACUACGACUGCGGGGGCGGCAACAUCUGGAUGCUCACGUACACGGUGCCCUUCUUUGGAUAUGCCAACGACACGUACUUUUUCAAGGGCACAAGUGGAAUCGACAUCGACUUGCGGAGAGUUGAUAUUGAUCAGUGCCCUCUUCCCCCUGGAUCGACGCAGCUCAACAUUUUCGCCGCCAGUGAUAAGUGCAAAAAACGAACAACCGAGUGCGUCGCCAUACCCGGACUUGGUUUUCGCAGGGGAAGUUAUCGGUGCGUUUGCAAACGUGGCUUUUAUUAUCCGGAGACAAAGUCAACAACGCGAUACUACAAUGGUACCGUGAUCGAGGAAGAAUACGAGAAAUUAAUGAUGGACGGUGAGAGUCAGUACGCUGUGGACGGAGUUUUCGAGUGUCUGCCCUGCGCCGAGGGGUGCGAAUCCUGCGUUGAUGGUUCUCCCUGUGUGGUGUCACUCAACUGGCUGAUGAGAACGGCAAUUUUGAUUCUCGAGUGUUGCAUAAUCGCCUGUCUACCGGCGGUCGUGCUUUUUACAUGGAAAUAUGGAAACGUCAAGGUAGUCAGAGCGGCGAGUCCUGUUCUUCUCCGCGUCAUCGCCUUGGGUGCCUUUUUUAUUUAUUGCACGACUAUCGUGAUGUAUCCGAGGCCUAACGUCGUGACUUGUACGGUCAGGGUCUGGCUGCGCGAGAUUGGAUUUUCCCUGACUUACGGCGCUCUGAUGCUCAAGACCUGGAGAAUAUCGGUGAUAUUUCGGGUGCGAUCUGCGAAAGCGGUGAAAAUCACCGACAUGAAUCUGCUGAAGCGAUUGGGCGUUAUCGUUGCGAUCUUUAGCGUAUUUCUCAUGAUUCGCACCCUCGUCGCACCGCCUGUUGUCAUCGUGGGGCGAACGGCGGACGACCUCAAAGCCUACCUCUGCAGAACUGAUUGGUGGGACCACAGCUUCACAACUCUGGAGGUAAUGUUCCUGAUUUGGGGAAUCAGAUUGUGCAUCGUAGUAAGAAAGGCGCCCUCGGAGUUCAACGAAAGUCGUUUCAUCUCAAUGGCGAUUUACAACGAAUUUCUACUAUCCGUAUUCCUCAACGUUUCGAUGUUGUUUUUACAGUCACCGGCUAAUCCGGAUCUACUCUACAUCAUAUUCUUCUGUCACACCCAACUGACCGUCACGCUCUUGUUGUGUCUCAUUUUUGGAAGCAAGGCGUACAUGGUAUUUCGGGGUGGUGACAAGGAGGAUUCUGUCGGCAAACUUCCUGGCGCUACGGGAAAGUUCCUGGGAAAAUCCUGCCGCACUCAAGGGACUAGUAACCAGACAAACUCCAUUACCUUGCAGCAAGGUAACUUCACUGAAGAUAUCGACGGAUUUUCGGAUGAAUUUCGUCGGAUCUACACGCAGCUCGAGUAUCUAAAAAAUAAAAACAUGCGGCUGGGCAACCAGCUCGUGGUUGCAAAAAUCGCAGCGAUGCAGGACGCGGCGAACCGAGGCGAACCUCAAAUAUCAACGAUCCAGGCGGUUUCGUCGAGUCUGCGAUUGAAUAACUUGAGCAUUUCGGAGCCGGAAUUAGACCCGGCAACGAAACAGCGGGCCAAGGAUAAGGAGGUGGCAAAGAAUUUGGAAAAACGAAGGGACGAAACGGUGAGAAAUGGUUCGAGGACUAAGGAAACAAACCUUGACGCAAAAAAUACCAACACUCCAGAGAUAACGGUGGACAAGGUGGACUCGAAGGAGAUACUGGACAGAAAACUCCUCGAGGGUGAUGACAAGGGGACUGGCAAGGAUACGGUUUCCGAGUCCUUGCAAACCGCAGCUGCUCCCGUCGUCGGGCAGGAAGACAACCCCGAGGUUGGCGUCGAGGUUAACAGAGUUAAGGACGAGGCGGUCAAAGAUAAGUGUAAAAAUAAAUCAGGACACGCCAGGACUCACGCGAUAGUUAUCAAUCUCGACGACAAGAGUAGAUUUUCGGAAGAAGUCACCGUUUGAACAAGCUCGAGGAAAAGGAUAUAAGCAAAUUUAGCUCACGCACGUAUAUCUGCUGAUCGGUCGCUAUAAUUAUAAUAUUAGAUAUAAUAUCGCAGCUUUGUACAACUUCGAAACGGCGCGUUACGAAAAUCAUUAUCGUUGUUAUUAUUGCUGUUACUAUAUUAUUCAUUUUUUACGCAUAAAAAAUAUAAAUAUAUAGGUAUGCAUAUAGAUAUAUAUGAACACGUACACGAGUACGUGUAUAUAUAUAUAUAUAUGUAUAUACACGUGUAUAAUUAAUGAUUCUUCCAAUAAAUACCGCCGAGUAUUAUUUCACAUAUACAUAUAAUAAAUGUAUACGUGUAGGCUAUAUGAUAUUGUACAUAAAAUCAUUUCUAUAUUACGUAUAAUACAUGAAUAUAGCCGAGAGUUUAAUUUGUAAAUAACGAUAUGCUUAUACAGAUAUAUUUAUUGCGUAUAGUUUGUUGAAACUUGCCUAGGAUAUAACGAUACGAUAAUACGGGAAGGAAUAACGUGAACAAAUAUUUACCUACCUGGUAAUACAUACGUGUAAAUGUACAAUACUAUAUUUAAAUUUUAACGAAAAUUUCAAGGGAUACGAUUGAAAUAAUAAAGAUAGAAGUAAAAAAACGGAGUUGUAAAUAACAUAUACGUGUAAUAAUAUGACGAAUUUCCGUCACUGUCACGAAACAUAUAUCAAUAAUUUAACGGAACGAUGCUACCCGGAUUGAAUGAUAUGAUGAAACAAAAGAGACACGUGAUUUCGAAAAAUAAAAUUUCACCUUUUAUAUCGCAGCUGCGCGUGCAAUGGGUAUAAAUUUCAACGCGACCCCGCGUUGCGAAUAUCACAAACUAAAAUUCUCGCUUCGCUCGAAGGAAUUUUUUUUUCUACCGUAGUGUUCUCAUCGCUUUGUCUUGUGUGAUCUGUUAUUUGCACGGUCUCAACAGGGGCCCAACCUGAGCCCCGUAAGGCCCCCUUUGCGACCGUCGAUCAAAUAAUUAUUUAGCAUAUACUUUCAAACGUUUAAUUUAAUUAUUACGUAUGAGGGAGUUUGAAAGAUUAACGAAAAAAACGUGCGCCCUACAACUUGUAAUUCUAUCUCUACACUCUUUCGCUAUAUCGCGAUGAAGUAGCUUAUAUUAUGAAUAAACCUCGUAUACUAUAUAUUCCUAUUGUACUUCAUAUUUUGAGAAUUCUCCCGCAAGCGGAUACACGCACACACACACACACACAUACACAUACAUACAUAGGUACAUAGAUAUAGCGUUGUAAAUAAUGGUAACAAUAAUAAGAAUAAUAAAAUUGAAAAUAAAAGUUAUACAGGACACACACACACACACACACACACACGCACACAAAAUAAAUGUAUCAUACGUAAAUUUUAAGACUUUAGAAUGUUGCAAUUGAUCUAAUCGUAAUUCGUAAUAUCAAAUUCAUAUCAUAUUUUGACGUUUGUCAUGCAUCGCUGUAUAUAAUUGAAUAUAUACAUGUGCAAUGAACGACGAGAUAUGUUCUGUUAUUAUGUCAAAUAUAUUAAAUUUUAAAGGAUGUGACGGAUCUGGCAAUAAUUCGUAAUCAUAUCUAUAAUACCGUGUGAUUGAACCGUCCGUGGAAAAAAAUUUUAAUAAAUAUAAGCGAAUGAAAUGAAACGGAACAUACCUCGGCAAAUUGUGCAUUACCUAAGGUGAUAUAUACGAUCAAAAAAACGCAUUCGUUUGUUCAAACUUUAAAGCUUCGUGAUCUUGCAGUGAGAGGUCAAUGUCACGAAUAAAAAAAGGUCGGACCGAUCGUGUUAGGGAAAAAGUAUAGAAAAUAAAAAAAUAACGAUAAAAAAUGUUGUGUCGAGUGAAGAAAAAAAAAAAAAAAAAAAACGGGCCACGCCUCAUAGUACAUCGAGUUUUAAUCCUGUUA